UUAAGAGAUUCUUAAGAUUCAUCAUCGUGUUGCAAAACAAAUCGGUAGAAUAUUAUAUUUAGAGAUUCAUGGAUUUUAAAUCGGUAUGAGAGAGAUUUGGAAGAAAAAUUAAAACUGAGUUAACGCAGUUUUCGUCCGAUUCACAUAGCAAAGAGAGAGAAUGGACAACUAAUUUCUUAAGGGCUUUUUAUUGUUAUUAUUAUAAUAAGGCGGGUGGUUUUUUUUUUCGAAACACACACAGAGAUCACAUUCCAUUCUCUCAGUUUCUUUUUUUUUUCUUCAGUUUCUUAGAAUCUAGGUCAAAAUCAUAUCAUCUCUUCUCUUUGAAGAACGAGAAUUGAAGAAGGAUUCUUACAGGAUUUCAACUGGAAACGAGAAUUGAAGACGGAUAUUCACAAGAUUUUGUUUUGAAAACGAGAAGUGAAGAAGGAUUUUCUCUAGAUUUCUACCGAAAACGAUAAUUCAAGAAGGAUUUUCUCAAGAUUUCUACUGAAAACGAGAAUUGAAGUAAGAUUUUCUCAAGAUUGCUACUGUAAAACGAGAAUUGAAUUAGGAUUUUCUCAAGAUUUCUACUGCGAACGGGAAAGGAAAUUCCAAGAAGAACGGUUGAUCCAUUUUCGCCGUUUCUUUCAAUCGGUUAAUUAGGGUUUUCAACUCAAAGAUUCACUUAUCAUCAGCCAUUUUUACUUACACUCAAAGCAGAUCAGUCAGCGCAAAGUGGAAGAGUGGAGAAAUGGCUCACGACAAGAAUGACAUACCAGACUCUAACCUAUAUAUUGUUAUUAAGGUCGUACGAAAUGAGGACCUUUAUCAGCAGAUUGGAAGAGACGUUUACUUUGAUCUUGUUGAUCCCGAAAAAGUGCAUAGUUUCCAGGUUCUCCGUUCUACGCGUUUUCAUCAUUUCAAGGAAGUGGUUGCGGAACAAUUUGGUGUGCCACUGCAACUCCAGCGUUUUUGGUUGUGGGCAAAGCUUCAGAAUGAAACAUAUCGUCCUCAUCACCUCUUAACGCAGGAAGAAGAAACACAAUACGUUUAUCAGCUGAAGAAGGUGCCAACAAAAGCUGGGAAAUUGGAAUUGAUAUUGUUUUUAGAAGUUUUACAGACUGUUCCGAAUGUUUAUACCUUACAUCAGCCACACAAGACAGGAGAAGAUAUUCUGCUUUUUUUCAAACUUUAUGACCCUGAAAGCGCAGAAAUUCGGUAUGUUGGGAAGCUUUUUGUGAAGGGUAGUGCUUUUCCCCAGGAUAUUCUUAAAAAGCUGAAUGAUAUGGCUAAUUUUGCUCACAAUGAGGAAAUUAAACUGUACGAGGAGAUAAAGUCUGUGCCCACAGUCAUGUGUGAUAUCGUUAAUAUGAAACUAACAUUUCUUGACAACCAGCUAGAAAAUGGGGACAUAAUUUGUUUCCAGAAAGCUCAUAUGAAUAGUCGCUACCCAGAUAUUCCUUCUUUACUAGGAUUAAUUCUUAGAUGUCAGGGGUUACUUAGAUAUGAGGGGUUACAAGAGGCCAAGCUAAAGGUGAGUGCGACAAAGGAUAAAUUACAGAAAGCAGAAGAGAAGGUGAUCGCGAUAAAGGUUGAGCUGAAGGAAGCAGAAGCAAACGUUGGUGCUUUAGAGGCUAUGAUGAAUUCCUGAUCACUUGAGAAAAUGAAGGUAGUCGGGUUGCAUUGAACGGGCAGUCGUGUUGCUGUAGUAUGUAUAUUGAUGUCCUUAAGAAUUUUCUAUGUAGAACAGAUGCUUAUGAGUGAUUCUCCUAGGGAUAGUACUAUUUUCCUUUUGAAUAAUGUGACUUCAGACAUGUUGUAGAUAUUCCCCUAUCUUUUGAGCAUACAAGAAUACCUUGCGCAUAUA